AUGAAUGAAGAACUUUUCAAAAGGGAGAGCUCUCUUAAGGCUGAACUAAAUGAAAUUCUUCAGCGUGAAGAAAUUCACUGGAGGCAGAAAUCUAGGAACUUUGGCUCAAGGAUGGGGAUGGAAAUACCAAUUUCUUCCACAGAUCGGCUAUUGCCAACUGAAACAGGAAUAAAAUAUAAGAGAUUAUUGGGUGUUAAAUGGGAAAUCCCAGAUCCAGGGUGGCAUAAGAUUAACUUCGAUGGUUCCUUUGCAGAGAAUCCAGGGCAGAGUGGAAUUGGUUGUAUUAUUAGAGAUUUUGAAGGCAUCUGUAUUAAGGAAAUCUCUGAAGAUAUUGGUAUGGCCACUAACAAUGAGGCUGAAUUCCAAGCGACAUUAAGAGGUUUGCAAUUGGGGAUUGAGUUGGGGAUAAAAAGAAUCCAUUUGGAGGGUGAUUCAUUGAAUGUUAUCAAUGAUAUUCAUGGUAACCAAACCCCUAGUUGGCAUCUUAACCUUUGGCUUCAACCGAUGGUGGAUUUGCUUGAGACCGUUGAAGAAUUUCAGAUUAGCCAUAUCUAUAGAGAAGGCAAUAUGGCAGUAGAUAGACUAUCUAAGAUGGAAAUUGUAGAUGGAGGCCUUGAUCUGGGGCUUACGACUAGGGCAUAG